AAUGAGUUCAGAUGAGGAAAUUCCUAAAAUAAAACCUUCAAAAUCUACAAAUUAUGAUUCAAUGAUCUCAUCAAUAAUAAAUAAUGAAGGUGGUCAAUAAAAUUUAUAAGCUUUGAAUGAUCGAAAAGUGCUUUUAUUAUAUGCAUCAGGAGCUGCAGCAGCCGAAGGUGAAGUGAAUGAAUCUCAUAUGAAAGUAGUCAAAGGAAGAUUAGAAUAAAGAUUGAGAAGUAUUUCAUUUCUUUGUGACCUUGAAUACACUUAAGUAAUUAAUUAAAUAAUAUUAUAAAGUAUCAUAAUCAAGAUGGAUGUCUGUCUACUCCAUUAUCUGAAUUUGGAAGAAGAACAGUCUAUAAAGUUAUGGAAUUGGAACAAAUUACUAAUUCAAGAUAAACAGUAUGAUUAUAUUAUUAAUAUAGUCUUAUGCUGAUAUUAGACAUAUAGCAGAAAUAAUAAAAGAGAAUUAUGAAAAAUAUAGUGCUUUUGUUAUUUUGAGUGGAAUUGCAACAAUGACUUAUCUAGGGACAAACUUAUCAUUCAUGUUGGAAAACCUAUAAAAAACUGUAGUGAUUACUGGAUCUCUUUUACCAUUAUCCUUUAUGAGAAAUGAUGCAUUUUAAAAUAUCUUAGACUCAUUAAUUUUAGCUGGACAUUUCUUAAUUCCUGAAGUUUUAAUUGUUAUGGAUCAUAAAGCUUAUAGAGCCAAUAGAUGUAGACAAUUAAAAUGUGAUUCCUUGGAUUGUAUUGAAAGUCCAAACUUUCCACAUUUAGUAGAAUUUGGAAUCAACAUUGAAAUCAAUUGGUAAUUAGUUUUAAGAAGAGGAGAACAAAUGUUUACAAAUGAUGAAAGUACCUUAGAAUUAGCUCCUCCUUUUGUGACUGAUGUCAUUAUAAUAAAGAUUACACCAUAUACAAGUGUUGAACACAUUAAACAUAUUUUGAGUACUCCAAAUUUGAGAUGUUGUAUAUUAGAAUGUUAUCAUUUUGGUGAAAUGCCUCAUAGUUAAGAAUUGUAUAAUGUAUUAUUACAUGCUCAAUAAUAAUUGGGUAUAGUAUUAAUCCAAAUAUCUUAAUGUAUUAGGGGUUAACCAAUUAUGAAUUUCAAAAAAGUUGUUAAUGGUAUUCUUGUUUAAUAUGAUACCACUCCAGAAAGUGCUUAAGCAAAAAUAGCUUAUUUAUUAGGUAAAGGAUAUAGCAAUUAAGAAAUCUAUCAAAAGUUUCCAUAGAAUCUAUAAGGUGAAACUGAAUCAGUCAGAUAAUUUGAGAAAUUUGAAGUGUAAAAGUAACAUUUCAUUUAAACAAUAUUGGAAACUCUAUAAAAAACAACAGGAGAUGAAUAAAUUAGUCAAAAUAUGGAUAUUAUGAAUAAAUACAUCAUACCAAAUUUAGGAUGUUUUCUUGCUACAACAGGAUAAUUAGAAUUAAUUAAAGAUUUAAGAAAGAAUGAAGGAGAUCUAAGUAUUCCUGAUUUUGAUGGAAGAACUAUACUUCAUUUAGCUGCUGCAAAUAAAUAAAUUGAAAUAAUUAAAUAUUUAGUAGAAGAAGUUCAUGUUGAAAUAAAUCCAAUUGAUUAUUUAGGUUAUUCUCCAAUGUAUGAAGUAUUGAUUAGUAGAGAUAAGGAAAUGUUAUUAUACUUUUAUUAAAAUGGAGGUAUAAUAUCAGCACCUCAUCAUAUAUUGGUAGAUUUACUUUUAUCUUCUGGUUUAAAUGGAGAUUUAUAAAUGUUAGAACUCAUAUUUCAUGGAGGAAUCAAAAAUCUUAAUCAUUUUGUUAAUGUAGAUAAUCGUAACAUAGCUCAUAUGGCAGUUAUGUCAUAGAAUACUAAAAUAAUCAAAUUCUUGAGAUUUAAAGCUAAAUUCGACUUUAGCGAUAGAGAUAGAUGGGGAAAUACUCCAUUUGAUAAUGCAUUAGAAAUUAAAACAAAAAAAAUCAAAAUUUAAUAGAUGAAUGAAGUAGCCAUUGAUGAAAUCAUCAAAAUUUUGGUUACAAUAGGAAAUGAUUGAUG